CUCACACAUGGACACAGCGCGCUUUCCGGGUCCGGCCAACCCUCUCCGCUGGAGCAAGGUGGACGAGGUUCCCGCAGAGUUCCUAAACGGCGUCGAUGUUGCGCAGACGUCGGCGCGAUCUCAUUUUCUGCUCUUAGGUGCUAGAAGGCACAUGUGCAUAGGGGAGGCAUUCGUGGGCAUGCAGAUUAAAACUGUCGUCGCCAUGUUCCUCACCGAGUUUACCUAUCGGCGUUAGCGGAGAGGACGCAACGGGCAAUCAACACUUUCCCUUCGAUGGAUUUUAAAACCAUCGUUGUCAUUUUGAAAGUUCCGGACUGCAUCUCUUACGAGCGCAAGCAAAUAUGGUAACUUAUGUAGGCGGUAGAUACCGGUGACGGGAAGGAG